AUGAUUGGACUUCCAUUGGAUGAAAACUUUAGAUCUAACAAAAGAAAAUCAAUCAUUGUUGGCUCAGUUGUAUUUGUUGCCUUAUUGGUUACUUUAUUUUCAACUAAUUUGUUCAAUUACUUGAAAAUUAUAACAACCCCAAUUCCAAAAGAAAGUUCAUUAUGUCCACUUUAUGAACCAAUUGCUCCAGAAUCUUAUUAUAAAGACAAUUCAACGGUGUUGCAAAUCUUGCAUGAUAAAAAAUACAAAAAGGAAUCCAUUAAAAAAUUAGCUGGUGCCAUUCAAGUUGAUACUCAAGUUUUCGAUAAACAACCAGCUGUUGAUGAUGCUCCAGAAGUAUGGGCAAAAUUUGCCAAGUUCCAUGAUUACUUGGAAGAAACUUUCCCAUUGGUUUACAAAAACUUGAAAGUUACCAAGGUUAACACUUAUGGUUUGGUUUAUCAUUGGAAAGGUUCUGAUAAAUCUUUGAAACCAAUUUUAUUGACGGCCCAUCAGGACACUGUGCCAGUCCAAAAAGAUACUCUUAAAGACUGGACUUAUCCACCAUUUGAAGGUCAUUACGAUGGUGAAUAUAUUUACGGAAGAGGUGCAGCUGAUUGCAAAAACGUCUUGAUUGCUAUUUUGGAAACUUUGGAACUUUUGUUAUCAAAAGGAUAUGAACCAAAAAGAUCUAUUCUUGCUGCAUUUGGUUUUGAUGAAGAAGCUUCCGGUUAUCAUGGUGCUGCUUAUAUCGGUAAAUAUUUGGAAGAAACUUUUGGUAAAGAUUCCAUUUACGCUCUUAUUGAUGAAGGUGCUGGACUUACUGUUGAGGAAUUGACCAACACCAUUGUUGCCCUCCCAGGUACUGCUGAAAAGGGUUACGUUGACAUUCAAGUGGAAUUGACUACCCCUGGUGGUCAUUCGUCUAUCCCACCUGAUCACACCUCUAUCGGUAUUAUUUCCGAAUUGGGAUACGUUAUUGAAAAGGAUCCAUAUAGUCCACUUUUACCACCAGAGAAUCCAAUUUUGAAUUUCGCUCAAUGCUUAGCUCUUCAUGAUCCAAAAAACAAUAUUCCAUCUUCUUUCAAAAAGACAAUUUUAAGAGCAGGCUAUGACAAGUUUGCUAAUUCCAAAUUAGUCGAAGGAAUCUCCAAAAAUAGAUUGACUAAAUACUUGAUUAGAACUUCUCAAGCCCUUGAUAUUAUCAAAGGUGGUGAAAAGGCUAACGCUUUGCCAGAACACGUCAAGUUAUUGGUCAACCAUAGAGUUGCUAUUGGUAGUUCUGUAGCUGAAGUUCAAGAACAUUUCGUUUCUAGAGUCAUCGAAGUUGCAAAAAGACAUGACUUGUCCGUUACUGCUUUUGGUAAAGAUGUUCUUAAAGUUGAAAAUGAUUCAGGCUUGUUUAAUGUAAGCAACUUUGCUGGUUUUUUGAAUGCUGCUCCUGUAACACCAACCAAUGACACUGUAUGGAAGUACUUGUCUGGUGUUACUAGACACGUUUAUGAAGAUUUGGUUUUCCCAGAAAUUACAUAUCCUGUUAUCAGUGCUCCAGCCAUUAUGACUGGUAAUACUGAUACCAGACACUACUGGAACUUGACUAGAAACAUUUUCAGAUUUACUCCAGCUUUUAUUGGUGAUUUUAUUGGCGAUACCCACAUUCACAGUGUUGAUGAAAAAUUGCCAUUUGAUAGUCAUUUGCAAUUACAAGCUUGGUUCUAUGAGUACAUUCAAGCUAUUGACACUGCGAAGGCAAACAAUAAAUAA